AUGCACAUUUUUCCGUCAAUUCUCCGAAUCAUAUUUGUGUUCUCAACUCUACUUGCGCUAGGAGAACCCGACCCCUCAGCUCUUCAGUUGAUAUCUGAAGACUUUCGGAUCUUGUCUCGUGUCACAAAUGCGAUUUCGAUUCAAGCGUCAGUCAUUCGCAAGGAUGUCAAGAUUCGUGAUGUGAUUUCAGAGUUUCUUUUGAUCACUCCAAAAUUGCUAGAAAAUGUGGUCGAGUUUGAUUCAAGUUCAGCAAUUUUGGAGCUUAACAGAAUGCAUAAAGCACGGAGCAAAAUGAUGCGAAACGAAGAUUUGUCACUUAGAGGCAAAAUCAUAGAGAGCACCGAGCAUUUGCAAUUUUUGGGAAAUCUUAGUUUGGAAAUCUCAAAUAUGAAAACAUUAUCGAGAUGAUUUGAGUACAGCUUCUGGCGAGAUAAUCGAUGCAAAAAAUGAAUCCAUCUACAAUCCUUUUAUGUUGAGAGACAAGAUUCAGGUUCACAUUCAAGCACAGAAGGCCUAUAUAUUCAAAGCAACCGAAGAUAAUAGUUACGAUGCUUUUAACGUGUUGGAAAACCUGGCAAAUCUAUUCUCAAAAGUUGGAAAACUCAAAGAGAUGACUGCAGUAAUUCCGAUGAAGGCGACAAUAACAAUGGCUGAUAUUCUGAAGGAAACACAGAUAAUUGAAAUGGAUGAAUUUUUGAAAAAUAACAAAUUUGAUUUCUCGAAAAUAACCAAAGUUUUGAAUGUUCUGGAAAGUGUCGUCCGGUUUACGACGGAUGUAACUAUGGGUGAAAUAAAUUCGCUUUUGGAACAAGUUACAACGAUUCAAAAUAAUACGGAAAAUCUAGAGAAAACUGUUCGGAACGUUGGGCAAAAAAAUUCUAAAAAUGACUCACUUGUUCUCUCGCUGCAAACUCCAAUGGUUUUGUCGGAAAGCAUUGGAUUAAGCGCAAAAGUUUUGGAAGAUUUGGAGAAAACACGAAGGAACCGGAAGCGACUCCUGAAUAUUACAGAAUUUCCGGAUGAAGUCAAACAAAUCAUUCUUAAAAAUGGAUUGAUCGAAUGGCUGAAGCCUGAAAUUCUGAUAGGCAAACUGGUAAAUGGCACGGAAGAAGUUGAUAAAAUUGCAAACAGAGUUCGAAACAAAGGAGUCUUGGAAAUGACUGAAGUUUUCGAAGAAGCAUCGAAAAUUCAAGGGAUAUCUGGGGAUCAUUUUACAUUGAGACAAUUACUGAUAAACUUGGAGUACAGCAACUCUGUCGAGCAAUUGAAAGCCAAAGAGAAAAUGAAAGUAGCUCAGGAAAUUGAUUUGGAAUUUUCAAAACACCAUUCCACUUUAAAAGGAGCUCGUGUGACAGUCAUCUCAUUGACAGAAUUCUAUGAUGAAAUAUUUGGACAUGUGAAAACUAACACGGUGACCGUUAAGACGAUAUUGUGGCUGGAGAUUUUAUUGAUUUGCAUUGGAGUUGCCCUUUUGAUAUUGAUUGCUUAUGUGGUGAUAUAUGGAUUGACAGCAACUGGAAGAGAAAAGUACACAAACUUAUAUCUCUACUAUUUUGGGAAAUCCGAAAUUUUUGAAAAGAGGUGGAGAUAUUCUGUCUUCAUGGACAAGGUGGAAGGCAAAAAUUCGCUUUUGGAUGCGGUGAGAGAAGGAAAUAUGACAAACUUUUUGAAAGCUCUGAAAGCUGGAUCAUAUGUCAAUGCAUACAACAAAUACGGAAACACUGCGCUCCACGCGGCAACAAAAACUGGGCAACCCAAAUUUGUCGAUCUUCUUAUCAAGCACGGAGCGGAUCGAGAUAUUCUGAAUUCCAAAAAUCAAAUUCCAAUUCAAACGAUUCCGUGGAAUUUCAAAGAGACGUUUCCAGACAAAAGCGAGCAGUUUGCUGAGAUUCAAAAAAUUUAUCAAAAGCACUCAAAAAAGGCGUUCAGAAUGAAUGUUCCCCAAAAAUUUCCAGUUAGUUCAUUUCAUAUCUGGAUCGAAGAAAGGACGGACAACUUGCUAACGAAUCGGUUCAUGGACAAAUUUUCAUCAAUAACAUCCGAUGAAGCUAUGCCCACGACCACUCAUGUAGUAGUGAAAAAAAAUGAGCACGGAAUCCUGGAAACUGACCAGUUGGAAAUUUUGAUCUGGAUAUUCAAUGGUGCUAUAAUUGUUAAAGAAGAAUGGAUGACAGAUUGUUUGGCGGACGGAAAACUUAUUGAGCACGAUUCAAAGUAUUUAGUUGAGAGUGUCAAGUACAAGGGCGUUACUUACAAUACAAUCAUUCAAUGGAGUGAGUCAAUGGCCAAGGGAAUGAUGCCAUACAUGCACGGUGUAUUUUUGGCUAUUGUGAUGAAAAAAUGCAAGAACUUGGCAUCCCUCACUAUUCUAGCAACAUCCCAAGGAGGUUUUGUGAUGGACUCUUUCCCAGAUAAAAACCUUUUCAACGCUAAAUCUCACCCGUACCAUCACUCACGCAUUGGGCCACUCAUUUUGAUUCAUGACGGAACGAUGGAUCUGAGUGCAUACAAAAACGAUCCGGACGAGAUGUACACUCUGUUUACUGAAGAAGAAUUUAUCCAUUUUUUGCUGAAACGAGACAUUUCUAGAGACACCAGCAAAUUCCCUAUUCCUGUUUUGAAAGAUGACGAAUAA